AUGGAGAAGGAUCGAAGUGACAUGACUGAUAUGAUAUUAGACUUCACCCUGAAGAUCCUCUACCUGCUGACCGGAGAGGAAUCCUCCUCAUCCCAUGAAGGAGAUCACAGAGGUGAGGAUCCAUUCUCAUUUUCAGAGUGCGGGAAAUCUUUCACUGAAAACAAAAACCUAUUUAGGCAGAAGAGAAUUCACACAUGUGAACGUCCUUAUCCAUGUUCAGAGUGCGGGAAAUCUUUCUCUCGGAAAGGACAGCUUGUUAUACACCAGAGAAUUCACACAGGUGAGCGUCCUUACUUAUGUCCGGAGUGCGGGAAAUCUUUCACUCAUAAAGGAGCCCUUCUUCAGCACCAAAAAAUCCACACAGGUGAGCGCCCUUAUCCAUGUUCAGAGUGCGGGCAAUCUUUCACUGAGAAAGGAACCCUUGUUAGGCACCAGAGGACUCACACGUUUGUGCGUCCUUAUUCAUGUACAGAGUGCGGGAAAUCUUUUACUGGGAAAGGAGACCUUGUUAAACACCAGAAAGUUCACACAGGUGAGCGUCCUUAUUCAUGUCCAGAGUGCGGGAAAUCUUUCACUGAGAACGGAUCCCUUGUUAAACACCAGAGGACUCACACGGGUGAACGUCCUCAUUCAUGUUCAGAAUGCGGGAAAUAUUUCAUUGAUAAACAAAAACUUCUUAGACACCAGAGAAGUCACACAGGUGAGCGCUCUUAUUCAUGUCCAGAGUGCGGGAAAUCUUUCAUUGAGAAAGGAACCCUUGUUAGGCACCAGAGGAUUCACACGUUGGAGCGUCCUUAUUCAUGUGCAGAGUGCGGGAAAUCUUUCACUCAGACAACAACCCUUAGUAAACAUAAGAAAAUUCACACGGGCGAACGUCCUUAUUCAUGUUCGGAGUGCGGGAAAUCCUUCCCUGAGAAAUAUAAUCUUCUCAGACACCAGAGAAUGGACAUUGAGAGGAUCCAUCAAGAGAAGCUACUGCAAACCAUGAGGGGAGAGCUGUCGGAGAAUGUAGUGUGGAUGGAUCUAUUCUCAUGUUCAGAGUGCGGGAAAACAUUCACUAAAAACAAAACCCUUCUUUCACACCAGAGGAUUCACAUGGGUGAACGUCCUUAUUCAUGUCCAGAGUGCGGGAAAUCAUUCAUUCAAACAGGAGCCCUUGAUAAACACAUGAUGAUUCACACAGGGGAACGCCCUUUUACAUGUACUGAAUGUGGAAAAUCUUUCCCUGAAAAAAAACCCCUAGUCAGACACCAGAAAAUUCACACAGGUGAGCGUCCUUAUUCAUGUUCAGAGUGCGGGAAAUCAUUCAUUCAGAAAGGAGCCCUUGUUAUACACCAGAGAAAUCACACAGGUGAGCGUCCGUUUUCCUGUUCAGAGUGUGGCAAAUGUUUUUCUGAGAAAAGUAGGCUUCUUUCACACCAGAGGAUUCACACAGGUGAGCGUCCUUAUUCAUGUUCAGAGUGCGGGAAAAGUUUCAUUCAAACAGGAGCCCUUGAUAAACACAUGAUGAUUCACACAGGUGAACGCCCUUUUACAUGUACCGAAUGUGGAAAAUAUUUCACUGGGAAAAAAAACCUAGAUAACCACCAGAGGAUUCACACGGGUGAGCGUCCUUAUUCAUGCUCGGAGUGCAGGAAAUCAUUCAUUCAUAAAGGAAACCUUGUUAUACACCAGAGAAUUCACACAGGUGAGCGUCCUUAUUCAUGCUCGGAGUGCAGGAAAUCAUUCAUUUAUAAAGGAUCCCUUGUUAUACACCAGAAAACUCACACUGUUAAACAUUCAUGUUCAGAGUGCGGGAUAUCAUUCAUUCAUAGACAAAAUCUUGUCAUGCACCAGACAAGUCACACAGGUGAACGUUACUUUUCCUGUUCAGAGUGUGAAAAAUGUUUUUCUGAGAAACGUAACUUUGUUAGACACCAGAGAAUUCACACGGGUGAGCGUCCUUAUUCAUGUUCAGAGUGCGGGAAAUCAUUCAGUCAGAAAGGAAACCUUGUUAUACACCAGAGAAUUCACACAGGUGAGCGUCCUUUUACAUGUACAGAGUGCGGGAAAUCUUUCAUUCAGAAAGGAGACCUUGUUCAGCACUUGAGAGUUCACACAGGUGAGGGAACCUAUUCGUGCCCGGAGUGUGGGAAAUCUUUCACUUCGAAAGGAUCCCUUGUUAAACACCAGAGAAUUCACACGGGUAAGCGUCUAUAUUCAUGUACAAGUUGCGAAAAAUCUUUCUUUCAAAAAAUACACCUUAUUAUACACCAGAGAAGUCACACGGGUGAACGUCCUUAUUCAUGUGCGGAGUGCGGGAAAUCUUAUGCUCAGAAAGGAACCCUUGUUAAACACCAGAGGAUUCACACGGGUGAACGACUAUAUCCGUGUACAAUUUGCGGAAUAUCAUUCAUUCAAAAAAGACAACUUGCCGUACACCAGAGAAGUCACGCCGGUGAACAUCCUUUUUGA